GCCGCUCCUCUCUUGUCCAGAUCCAAUGGCACCCAAGAAAGACAAAGUUCCUCCUCCGUCCUCUAAACCCGCCAAAUCCGGUGGCGGCAAGCAAAAGAAGAAGAAGUGGAGCAAAGGAAAGCAAAAGGAGAAAGUGAACAACAUGGUUUUGUUUGACCAAGCAACUUACGACAAGCUUCUAUCUGAGGCUCCCAAGUUCAAACUUAUCACUCCUUCUAUCCUCUCUGACCGUUUGAGGAUCAAUGGAUCGCUUGCUAGGAGGGCGAUCAGAGAAUUGAUGGCUAAGGGAACGAUCAGGAUGGUCUCUGCUCACUCAAGCCAGCAGAUCUACACUAGAGCAACCCACGGCUAACUUCCUUCGAAUGUUUUAGUUGUUUAUCUAUCUUUUAUCCAAUGUCUUUAUGAACCAUUAUCUUUCUAGAAUGCACCUUUACUUGCAGACAUUGGUCUAUACUACUUAAUCCUAUGAGAAUUUGGAGAUAAAAAGAUUGAUUUUGG